AUGAACGCGGUAACCUUGUCAGCAAAUGCCCAUAAGGCACUGGAGUCCUCUCACCUCCAAGACCGCAUCAUCGGCACCAUCUUCGGUUCAGCCCUUGGAGAUGCAAUCGGAUUAUACACUGAGUUUCUUUCUGCCGAACUCUCUGCAAAAGCAUAUCCCGAUCGCACCUUUAACUUAUUGCCCGCCGAGAAGGCAACGCCAUUCCGUCGCGACCAUCACAGAAAUUUCCAUCGUCCUGGCGAAUGGACAGAUGACACAGACCAUGCUGUCCUGAUACUGCUAUCGUAUCUCCACAGCAAUGGAACGAAGCUUGAUCCUCAGGACUUUGCUUCGAGAUUGUCGGUAUGGGUUAGGAUGGGGUUGCGUGCCCUUGAUACAUUACCUCUCGGCCUGGGACGCACCGUUGGCGGCAUCGUCCGCAGUAAAUCUUACCUUGACCACCCUGAAGGAACAGCGCGAAAGUUUUGGGUAACAGGCAAAUAUAACGCCGCGCCGAAUGGAAGUCUCAUGAGAACGCAUCCCCUAGGACUCUUGUGUUUGGGCAAGUCAGUUGAGGAGACUUUCCAGAUCGCGGCUGAGUUCUCGGCCGUUACACAUGUUGACCCUAGAUGUGUCGUUUCUUGCGCCAUCGGCACUGCUCUUGUCCGUGGACUUGUUCUUGGAGAGAUCUACGAGGAACAGCAUGUUGAUGAGUUGAUCGAGACUGGUCUUUCAUGGUAUAACGAGCGGCGAGAGAAGGAAUUGCAGCACCCCGACAGGAAAGAUGAGCCUCGCUUGGACGUCGCCGAGUUCAGACAACAUGCUACUACCAAAACACUCGCAGAUCUCAAGCUGGACGAGAGCUACAAGAUCGGCUAUGUGUACAAGACAUUCGGCUCCGGCAUUCUGCUUCUCCGCCUCGCACUUCGCCAACUCAAGUCCUCAGGGCAACUAUGCUCACAGCUUGCGAUUUUCGAGAAGCUGAUCACCGAUCUCACAAUGGAAGGAGGAGAUGCCGAUACAAACGCCUGCUUCGCGGGCGCUCUUCUUGGAGCAUUACUUGGCUACAAGGCCCUGCCACCUCAUUGGCGCGAUGGUCUUCGUCACGGAGGAUGGCUGAUGGAGAAGUCGGAGGGACUAUGUGAUAUCUUGAGUGUGACGAAGGGCUCAUACUCAGGCUCGCACGAUAAGGAUACUGCAGAGGAUGGUGGGCGUGGCUUUCUGACGGAUGUGCAAAUGGAGGAGAAGUGUAUGAGGAUGCAGGCUUGGAUGGCUCAGGAGGAGACGGAGUGGAAGAGGAAACAGGAGGCUGAGAAAAAGAAGCCGAAUUGGUUUGCGUGGAAGUGA